GGUUUAGAGCUGCGUGACUGUGGCUGGCCGAGGAAGUUGUAUUUGAAGCUGUUGCUGGAAGCCUGUGGGAGACAGACAACCAAGAAAGCCAGGAGCCGAGGUCGGAGCUGCGCGGCAUGGCGGACAACCUAAAGCGGUUCCUGUAUAAGAAGUUACCAAGUGCUGAAGGGCUCCAUGCUAUUGUUGUAUCAGAUAGAGAUGGAGUACCUGUUCUUAAAGUGGCCAAUGACAAUGCCCCAGAGCAUGCGUUGAGGCCUGGCUUCUUGUCUACUUUUGCCCUGGCAACAGAUCAAGGGAGCAAGCUGGGACUGUCAAAAAACAAAAGCAUCAUCUGUUACUACAAUAUCUACCAGGUGGUUCAGUUCAAUCGUUUACCUUUGGUGGUGAGUUUCAUAGCCAGCAGCACUGCCAAAACAGGACUGAUUGUCGGCUUAGAAAAGGAACUUGCUCCGUUAUUUGAAGAACUAGUAAAAGUUGUGGAAGUUUCUUAAUCUGACUGUGAUUUCAGUGCUCACCUUGUUCUCCGUAUAACAACACAGCAUCAAUGCAGCAAUCUGUAGAACAUGUAAUCUUUCUAUCCAGGUACUCAGGAAAGGGCCCUCUGUCCACCUCCUACUAAAGAACGAGCCUCCAAGAUGGCUGCAUUUCCUUGUCUAAAAGCUCUUUUCUUGUUGAGUGAGAUCUGUGGCAACCACGGAAAUAGUUCUGACUGCACAGCUCCCAUGGAGUGAGGUAGCCUGGCCUCCAGGGUAGGGUGACAUUCUACCCGUGGUUCCGAAUCACAGUGGCACGUGGUCUAUACGUGGGCCGCCAUGCUCACUUUGUACAGUGCUCCCAGGUCUUUGCAUGGCAAGGACAAAUGAGGACAUAUUUUCUUCAAAUUAUGCUUUAUUUCAUUGGAUUGAGUGUGAUGGAGAUAAAGUGGCUUAGUAAAAGUAAUAAAAUCAGUACAAUCACUAA